AUGUCGGGAAAGAUCCUAAGGGAUUACAGUGCGGUGCGUCGUGAUUUUGAAUGGACCAAUUCACCGGAGAUUCAGCGGACAUUUCGUGAGAAUAUGAAGCGCGAUAGCUCGAUUCGAUCACAAUUCAUUGGUACGAGCAGUGGCCUGACCAGACUUUUUCCACUGCAAAAAUGGGCCAUCGAACCUGAGCCGAUCACCAUCGAUUUGUUCGAUCCACGCUUCAGGCCGUGGUACAUCAGCGCGAUUUCAGCGCCGAAAGAUGUUCUCUUUCUUAUCGAUAUGAGUGGAAGCGUCAAAGGGCAGACAGUACAUUUGAUUCGUAUGACCGUUUUGCACAUAUUGGCCACUCUUGGUCCUGAUGACUAUAUCAACGCGAUAUGGUUCAACAGUCGUCGAGAGUCACUACUUCGUGGCUGCGCUGAAGGCUUCAUCCCAGCCACUACUCGCAACAAAAAGCUUACAAAAAGUGCACAAGUCGAUUGUGUAUUGAUCCGUGAUCACUUCUUAUCCGUAAUUGUUGUGGCGAUUGCGUGCCGUAAAUUCAGUUUUUAA